CUCAUUCAGCAGUUCACCACAGUAGAACCACCAUCCACGAGCCAAUAUGCAGUCAGUUCAGUGCUUUGGAAAGAAAGGCAAUGCCACGGCUGUCGCUCACUGCAAGGCCGGAAAGGGUUUGAUCAAAGUCAACGGAGCCCCUCUCUCUCUCGUUCAACCCGAAAUCUUGCGUAUGAAGGUUUAUGAGCCCAUUUUGGUUGCUGGUGCUGAUAAGUUCGCCGGCGUUGACAUUCGUGUCCGCGUUUCUGGUGGUGGUCAUGUUUCUCAAAUCUAUGCCAUCCGUCAAUCCAUCUCCAAGGCUAUCGUUGCUUACUACCAAAAGUUCAUUGACGAGCACUCCAAGGCUGAACUCAAGAAGGCCCUCGUCACUUACGACCGUACUUUGUUGGUUGCCGACCCUCGUCGCAUGGAGCCCAAGAAGUUCGGUGGUCACGGUGCUCGUGCUCGUCAACAAAAGUCUUACCGUUAAAAAGUGGUUGGCUUUGUUCAUUAUGUAUCUAUACAAUUGAUUCUCCUUCCUUACCA